AUUCAGCCUGGAGCAUGCGCACAACACGCUGCAUACUGCGCUGAAUAGUGUCAUGCGCUUCAUGCAGGGCUUCCAUCCGACUGCGCCACGCGAUCACAUCGCCGUGACCAUGGCCGAGAAAUAUCUUCGAUAUGCGCCUUGGUUCUCACAAUGGGAAGCUGCCUUCACCGCGUUUCUCUCGGAUCAGCGCGACUUCAUGUCGAACAUGGAUUUGAAGCGUGCGAUGGUGCUGAAGGCAAACCAUCUAGUCGGUACAAUGCUUGCAUCUGUUGAUCAGUCCGCUGGACCAGUAGCAUAUGAUGCCUACGAGGCCGAGUUCCGAGCGAUCGUGGACCUUGCGCGAGAAGUUCUUGCAUCAUUCUCGUGUCCUCCAUUACCUACACUCUCGGGUCCAAACUCUGGUACCCCCUACCUGUCGUUCUCUCUAUGGGUCACAGACCCGUUAUGGAUGGCGAUCUCACGAUGUCGCAACCCGACCAUUCGACAAUCUGCAUUCACUCUACUUUCACGAAACCCACGACAAGAAGGAAUAUGGCAUGCUGGCCCGCAGCUUCCCAACUCGAGUCAAUACAUGAGGCGUGUGGAGUCUGGUUCGACUUCUAGAAAUGAUACAUCACGAAGCGGAACAAGAUAAAUCUGAAGAUAUGUCAAAGACUGAAGUAUUCGCUGAUCGCGAUUGGAUUGACCUCCGAGACCAAAUCAACGAGUGGACGCAAGAAAGCACCAAAUUCAUCCAGAGCGAAUGGCUUUCGCGAGGAGGCAAUCAACGAGGCACUCGUCGCUACAA